AAUGUUAUGUCGGUCGAUUAUAGUUACAGUGUACUCUCUCUUUUCAAGAAAAAAACGGUUUCGUGCAAUGUGACAGGUGUGGGUGAAAACGAUCGUGCGACGUUUACAAAACCAAUGAGUGACAGAAGCAAUGGUUUUAUCACCUCUACUGUCAAACUCGUUACUACCGAUAUGUCUGAGAAAUCUGAUACGCGUGACAUUAACAAGAGACUUCGUCAGGAACCGAUAUACUCGCACUUUACCGCCGACGGUCUUGACAAAAAUCUUAGGACGUGAUAAAGGAAAAUCUUUUGGGAAAGAUGCGAGUUCUGGUUCGGGAGUACAAAGAGCGGUUAAUUUUGUUUCGCCGUGCUUGCGAGAAGAACUCUUAUGUAAGAUGUCGGAACCAGUUAAAGAUUGUGGCCAUAAAGUAACUAUUGUUGGUGCUGGUAUGGUCGGUGUUGCCCUUGCCAAUUCACUUCUUUUUCAGCGAAUUACUUCACAUAUCGCAAUGGUAGAUGUCUUUCCUAAAAAACUGGAAGGCGAAGGAAUGGACUACAGCCACAGUUCCGUAUUUAUAGGAGAUCCAAAGAUCGAGUAUGAUACAGACUUUUGUGUGACGAGUAAUUCGAAAGUCGUAGCUAUUUGCGCGGGUGUACGACCAGUGAAGGGUGAAACUCGACUCGACUUGGUGAAAAGAAAUACAGAAAUAUUGAAAAGCAUAAUACCACCUCUAGCAAAUUAUAGUCCAAAUGCGGUGUUUAUUGUCAUUAGUAAUCCAGUGGAUAUCUUGGCAUGGGUCACCUGGAAAUUAAGUGGACUUCCUGUCCAUCAGGUAAUCGGUAGCGGAACUCAUCUGGAUAGCGCAAGAUUUCGCUACAUGAUUGCUGAUCGAUUAGGAAUAGCGCCGAGUUCGGUCCAAGCAUACAUCAUUGGUGAACACGGGGACAGUAUGGUUCCGCUCUGGUCCGGUGUGAGCGUUGCGGGAGUGCAGUUCCGCGAUAUUAUCCCGAAUAUCGGUCUCGAGACGGAUGAUGAAAAGUGGUUCGAAAUAUCAAAAUAUAUAGUGAAACUAGGUGCUAUGGUGCGUUGUCUGAAAGGAUACUCAAAUACAGCCAUUGGACUUUCUGCAGCCGAUAUCAUAAUAGCCAUAUUACGUAAUACACAAACUAUUAUACCAGUUUCGACCUUAGUGCAGGGUCAUCACAACGUAUGUCACGAUAUGUUCCUAUCCCUACCUUGCGCGAUAGGCGAAAAUGGUAUCACACAGAUAAUACGAAUGCACAUGACUGAACACGAGAAAAAGCUGUUCCAGAAUUCAGCGAAAGUUGUAUACAAGGUGCAGAAGGAUAUCAAAAUCAAAUAGAUUGAGUAAUACGUGAAAAGGGAUCUUGUAAACAUAUUUAAUUUAUUUGUAAAAAAAAAAAAUACGAGUGUAAUAAAUUA